AUGAGCUCAUCGCGUGGAAUUCCACACAUGCAAUGCAGAAGGAAACAGAAUCUGAAAGUUCGACUUGAACAGUACUAUGUGGAAAACAUCAAGACAAGUUUCCGAAUUCGACUUUUCAAUUUACUUAUCAAAGUGCUUUCAUGCAUUUUGUAUUGCGUGCGAGUCGUUAAUGACAAGGGGCACCUUCCACGUUACAUCAAGCCGAAGUAUUAUGCUCCUGACGAAAUUAAGUAUCAGUACCUAAUAUGGGUUGAUCGAAAAUUUUCGAUUUGGAUCUGCCAAGUGAUUGUUGCAUUUUUAAGCAUACUGCAAACAGUCAUCAUAUUUUUUCUGAGUUACAAAGGCAGUACAUUUCGAGUUGUUUUAAAAUUGCAUUUUCUAUUGGAAUUAAUAACCAGCAUGCCAUUGAUCGCUACGAUAUUUGUACCACUUGGACGGAAGCUUUACGUUCCAAUAUUCCUGAAUUGCUGGCUGGCUAAAAGUGCUCUGCAAGCUAUUAUGCAUGAUUCAUAUCGGAUUUCAACUUCAGUCGGACGGACAGUUUUGGUUCGCCAAAUGGUUAUUUUACUUUCUACCUUACUAUGCUUGGUAUUCACGGGCACGUGUGGCAUUGAGCAUUUACAGCGAUCUGGUGAACGACGCUUUGACCUUUUCACUUCGUUUUACUUCGUUAUAGUCACUUUCUCUACUGUUGGCUAUGGUGACUGGUAUCCGGACACGUGGAUGUCCAGACUUUUUGUUGUUAUUCUUAUAUGCAUUGCGUUUGCUAUACUUCCCAAACAGAUUGAAGCACUUGGCAAAACGUACAUAGAACGGCAAAAAGAAGGUGGUGAAUAUAACAAAAACUGGGCCAGUAAUGAGAAGCAUGUGGUUGUAACGGUGACACAUUUGGAGGCUCAAUUUAUCGGGAAUUUCUUCAGUGAAUUCUAUGCCUAUCCUGAACAUCAGAAUUAUUUGGUGAUCUUACUCUCACCAUGUGAAAUGGAUGACCAGAUGCGAAUGCUUCUCAAGAUACCGAUGUGGUCAACCAGAGUACUGUAUAUUCGGGGCUCUGCUCUCAUGGAUGAUGACCUGGAAAGAGCGAAAAUGGCCAAUGCAGAGGCAUGCUUCAUCUUAUCAGCAAGGCAUAUUUAUCACAAAACGAAAGCGGAUGAACACACAGUCUUACGGUCAUGGGCGGUGAAAGAUUUUGCCCCAAACGUUCCGCAAUAUGUACAAAUUUUCUAUCCGGAAACAAAGAUGCACAUAGAACAUGCUGAAGUUGUAGUUUGCGAAGAUGAAUUCAAAUAUUCUCUUCUAGCAAACAAUUGCAUCUGUCCGGGUAUUUCAACAUUUAUCACACUUCUCAUGCAUACUUCUCGUGGAAAAGAAGGUCAAAAGUCGACGGAAGCUUGGCACAAAGUUUAUGGAUUUCAUUCUGGCAAUGAAAUUUAUGAUAUCAAAGUUGCGCAUAGUCAAUUUUUUAGUGGAUAUAUUGGAAAAUCAUUCAUUUACGCAUCUUUUCAUGCUUAUCAAACAUAUGGAGUUGGCCUGAUUGCAAUCAAAUCAGAAGGACCAUUUGAAAGAAUUCGUCUCAAUCCGGGUCAAUACUACCGUUUGAAUUCUACGGACACUGCAUAUUACAUCGCUCUAACUAAUGAAGAAUCACUGUAUGAUUUCCGGAAAGGAUUAAACACACAGCGACAAAAGGUCAAUUUGGCUACAGCGGUCGCAAAUAUUGGUAUCAUGACUCUUGAUUUACGUGAAAUAGAAGAGAAUGACUUUAAAACGCAUAAAAAACGGAAGCGACUUUUACAACCUAAAGGAAACGAUGUCGAUGAGAUGUCGAAACUUUUGAGCACAAAUGAAUCAUUUGAUCAAAAACCUAGUAUUGGUGAGGUUUUGGAAACAGCUAUUGAGUCGAAUGAAUCUGACAUGGAAUCUCAGUUUUGCACAAUUUGUGCUUCUCACGAGGAGUGUAUUGCCAGAAAGACAGAGAAGACGUAUCCACCGCUGGCCUCUAUUGACAAUGGAUUCACUAUAUGUCAUAUACUUAAAGAGAAAAGACUGAUUUGUUGUCUGGAAAUUGCUUCCACUUGUGAGCAUUGCCUCUUUCGGACGGCGAAUGAGUAUCAUUGGAAUAAUCCAGCAGUGAUUGUGGCCGCUGAUCAGACAUGUUCCGGUCUGUACAAUUUGAUUAUACCUCUACGCGCUUAUUAUCGUCCUGUACAUGAACUUCAACCCAUUAUAUUUCUGCUUGAAUUGCAGGAAACUGAAAGGCCGAAUCCAUCGUUCUUAGAUGUGAUCGCGUGGUUUCCUUUUGUCUAUUGGAUGCAAGGCAAAAUAUCAAGUUUGGAUAAUCUUUUGAAAGCAGGCGUUUGUCUAGCAGACAAUGUGGUUGUUGUGAAAGAAGGUGCAACAGCAGUUGAGGAGCAUUUGGCUGAUUGCACCACAAUUAUAACAGUACAAAAAAUACACAGGAUGUUUCCAAGACUACGUAUCAUCACGGAGCUUACUCAUGCCAGCAAUAUGCGUUUCAUGCAGUUUAAUGCUGACGAUCAGUAUGCUCUUCAGCAGUCUAAGUGCGAAAAGAAGGAACGCAUGCAUGGAUCCUCAAUACCAUACAUGUUUCGAUUGCCAUUUGCGCAAGGUAGUGUUUUCUCCGCAAAUAUGCUUGAUCGUCUGCUAUACCAAGCACAGGUCAAAAAUUAUGUAGUGGAUUUCAUUCGAUUACUGCUUGGCAUUGAGCAAUCUAAAGGCUCAGGAUAUCUGACCAGUUUCAAAAUAACAUCGGAUGAUCUCUGGAUGGGAACGUAUGAUCGACUCUAUCAAAAGCUUUGUUCAUCUGUUGCUGGCAUACCAAUCGGAAUAUAUCGAACAAUGCUAAUGGAUGCUGAAGUGAAGUUGAAAGUUUCAAAAGAUGAUAUGGAAGAGCCCAGAAAGAUCAACAAAGUGAAUAUCUCCGAUUUGGUGCAUUAUAGGAUGCAGAAAUUGGGCAUACCUUGUGAAAAUUACGAGUAUGAUGAGAAGUUGGGCACAAUCUCUUACGUAAUUAUUAAUCCAUCAUUUGACACUACUCUCGAAACUGGCGAUAUUAUAUAUGUCAUAAAAGCACCGAUAAGCGAAGGUGCUGCUAAUCAUCAGAGCGCGGACCCGUGGCGAGGUUUACAGCGGCAGAAAUUUAGUCCUCAGGGACCCUCUACUGAAUGUGGAAUCAAAGGAAAGACCAAAGAGAAAAGAAGAAAGUCAAUUUUUUAA